CUGCUCUGACAGAUGAUGAAGAAGAAGCUCACAGUUCACUCUGUGACAAAAACUCAUUAGUGUGAAGAAGACAGUUGGAGCAAUUCUCCGGUCUAGUUUUGUUGGGUUUCUUGACAAAUGGCCAAAACAGGUGUCUUGGAAGAGACUGAUAAAGAAGCCGCCAUGGAGAUAAAGAAGCAGUUGGGGAAGCUGGUCAGGGACAUUGUUGAAGAUGAAGACUAUGCGGUGGAGACUGCUGAGGAGGCUAUGAGAGCUUUGUCUUCUUUGAAGAAGUUGAAGAUGUCUGAGUCUCUCUCUUUUGGUGUUCUUGAUGUUCCUCAAGAAUUUAGGUGUCCUAUAUCUGGAAAGCUCAUGACUGACCCUGUUGUCUUGGCCACUGGACAGACUUAUGAUAGGCCAUUCAUCCAGAGGUUGUUGAACCAAGGCAGCCGGACAUGCCCUCAGACCAACCAACUCCUUGCUCAUACUAUCCUGACCCCGAAUAACUUGGUCCAUCAAUUGAUUUCACAAUGGUGCAAGGAGCAUGGUAUUGACUCUCCAACUCCUGUUCAGGAUAUUGGUGAGGAAGUUGUCGCCAGCGCCGACGGAAACUAUUUGAAUGCACUUCUCGAGAAGACGACUUCAUCAUCCCUGACUGAUCAGAAACAAGCAGCAAAGGAACUUCGGCUUCUAACAAAGAGGAGUUCAUCAUUUCGGGCACUGUUUGGAGAGUCUGCUGAGAUCAUUCCACAAAUGCUGAGUCCACUUUCACAGGGCCAGGUUUCCACUCAUCCUGACCUUCAAGAAGACUUGAUCACAACUCUACUAAACGUUUCGAUUCAUGACAACAAUAAGAGAUUAGUUGCUGAAAACUCCUUGGUGAUCCCUCUCCUUAUUGAAUCCUUAAUGUCUGGAACAAUUCAAACAAAAAGCAAUGCUGCUGCAACUUUCUUCACAUUAUCAGCCAUUGAUUCCAACAAGACUGUUAUUGGCAGAUCUGGUGCUCUCAAACCUCUGAUUAACCUGUUAAAUGAGGGGAAUCCAUUAGCCAUGAAUGAUGUUUCUAUGGCCAUAUAUCUCCUAUGUACAGACCUUGAAAAUAGAGAAAGAGCUGUCAAUGCUGGAGCGGUGUGGGUGAUUCUGAAGAAGAUAAUGGAUGGUGUAUUCAUUGCCGGGUUGCUGACUACACUUGCAAUCAUUUCGACCAAUCAGAAGGCUAUUCAAGAUUUGUGUGACCUUGGCGCUGUGUCGUGCUUGAUUAAGAUCAUAAGGGAGAGUGAUUGUGAGCGCAACAAGGAGAAUUGCAUUGUGAUCAUUUACAAUAUCUGCUUUCGCAGUCGGUCCAAAUUGAAGGAGAUAAAGGAUGAGGAAAUGGCGAAUGGUACAGUUUCCAGACUUGCACAGAGUGGAACAUCAAGGGCUAAGAGGAAGGCAACUGGAAUUCUUGCAAGGUUGAAUAAGACUGGCUCAAUAACAAACACUGCUUGAUGGAAAGGGUUCUUUCUGCUUUGUUUUGACCUCCAAAAAAAAGAAGGUACAUUACCUCCAUGACCCCAUGUAAAUGCUUCUUCUACACCUUGCUAGUAUACUCCCCAAUAUCAGCUUCAUAACCUGUACAAAAGUAGUCAUACAUUACCUGUAAUGCAACCUAGGCAAGUUUAGGUCCAUUUGAAGGAUAUACACAUUGUAAAUCUCAUUACUAUGAAAUUCACUAGAAUCUGGCUUUCUGGUUGUA